CCUCUUGCCGACACUCGAGCAAACUAACCGUAAAGAUCAAAGGUAUUUCAAAGCUGGUGUGCUCUAAGAUGAGCGCUCUAUCCAAUCUUGGGCCGUGUUUAUGGAAAAGUGAAAUAGCGAGUGUUGUUCAUUUACGUAUGCUGAAGGAAGAACUGGUGAUUUUCAACUUCGCUCAUGAAAAGCGCUUAUUUUAACACGGUGUCAACAGACUCACCGCCAAAUGGCUUGUUUCGACCGCUUAUCAUUGGGUUUUCUUUUACACUUGUGCCUGUGGCUUUUUCAUCAAGUGGACGGCACCGUUAUUAAUAUUUAUUCAUCGUUAGAGCCGUAUAGUAUUUUAGCUAAUUUAAGUAGACCGGGAUGGACGAAUUACACGCUUGAAGCAUCGAACCCCGACGAACACACGACUCUUCAAAUUCUGUCUAUUGAUUCAACAAACGGAUUAUUGCGAAUGAUUCGCAAGCCAGACUGCACAUCUCUACAGCUUAAUCCGUUUAAUAUUUAUGUAUCGUCGAAUUCCAUUUUUAAUUCAGCAGAGAGGACUCUAAGACCUCUGACCGUGACAAUUUUUGGAAAAAACUGCUUUAGAAAGCUUCAGAGAAAAGUGUCUUGGACCGCUCCAGUCGGAACGCGUGUGCUUCGAUUGAAAGACUUCAUUCACGAAGAAGAUCCUGCGUCGCUAAGGCUUAGAGAUACACCAUGGAGAAAGUAUUUCAGAUUCGACGCCAAAUCCGAUUAUUUGGUGCUUCGAAAAUCGUUACUUGGACUUCAAGAAAACACUCUGGUAGUGGAGUUGGCAUUUCCGGUUGGUUCUGAGAAUGCGAGUGGAAAUAAACAAGUUCUUGUAGCGCGACUUGAGUUGUUUAUCGAUAAAAACGCAAACAAUUUUGCCAAGAAGGUACGCCGAUUUCGUCGUCGACCACAGAAAACAGCUCCCCGUUUCUCCAGCUCUCAGUUAAUAGCUAAGGUUAGAGAAAAUGGUCCCGUAGGAACAAGCGUUAUUACGAUUCAAGCACAAGAUACGAACAAUGGGUACGCUGGGAAAAUUAAAUACUCGAUGGAAGCGUCCCAGAAUUUACUCAGUCAGUCGUUCUUUGGGAUCGAUCCUAACACGGGAUUAAUAAAAACUUCAGCUUCUUUAGAUCGUGAAAAGAUGCCGACGCACUAUUUUCGUAUCAAAGCCGAAUACGAACAAGAAAGAUCGUUGUAUGCUGAAGCAGAUCUGACCAUCUAUGUCGAUGAUGUAAACGACAACGCGCCGAACUUCGAAUCAUCCUCCUACAGCAAAGUCAUACCAGAGGAUAUUUUUAUCGGAGAGACGGUCCUUGAUGUGCGGGCACGCGAUUUAGAUACAGGUUCCAAUGCAGAUAUCCGUUACAACAUCAUUAAUAAUAGUGGUGUUAACAGUGCAUUUGCAAUUGGUCAAAGUAGUGGUUCAAUAACUGUAGACAAACAUCUGGAUCGAGAAACUGUACAGCAAUACUCCCUUACUGUCCAGGCAAGUGAUAGUGCAUCCCCUCCUAAAACAGACCAGGCCACUGUGCGAAUUACUGUUACUGAUGUCAAUGACUGUGUUCCUCAGUUUUUAAAGAGAGAAUACUCCAAAAAGAUUCCUGAAAACAUCAAAACAGGGGAGCUAGUUUUGACUGUAAGUGCAUCAGAUGAGGACCUUGGCACCAAUGGUGAAGUCACCUACAGUUUUAGCAGUGGUAAUGACCAGGAACUUUUUUCUAUCAAUCAUCUUAAUGGUCAGAUCAAAGUAAACAAGAAACUUGAUUAUGAGUACAUUCCAGUGCAUACACUUUUUGUGAUGGCUCAAGACAAAGGUGAAUCGCCAAAUUACAACGAAACCUCAGUGGAGAUAUACCUUAUUGAUGUCAAUGACAAUGCACCUCAGUUUGUGAAUUCUGAUUUUCAAGAAAUGGUCUCGGAACGUGAGAGUGUAGGACACACCUUUACUCGUGUUACUGCAUUUGACGCAGAUGAUGGUACAAACCAACAGAUCAUUUACAGUUUAGUGGAGUCCAAUUUACCAUUCGGUAUUAACAGCCAAACUGGGGACUUGUACCUUACCAGAAAAUUAGACAGAGAGACAGUGAAUCAAUAUGUAUUUCACGUCAAGGCUGAAGAUAAGGGCAGGCCCCCUAUGAGCAGCCAAACUAAAGUGACUGUCAAUGUGGGAGACAUAAAUGACAAUCCUCCAAGAUUUUCAAAAUCCAUUUAUUUUGGAUCAGUGGAGGAGAAUGCUAAAUUUGGAACAACCAUUGUUCAGGUGACAGCUACCGACCCUGACCUUGGGCAGACUACCAUCUUUUACAGUCUCCAGAUGUCUAUUCCUAGUCAAAGACGAUGCUUUCAAAUUUCUGGUAAUGGUGUGAUAACAUUAUCAUGUAGACUGGACUUUAGCAAGACUAGAUUCUACUCGUUAACAGUAAAAGCUAGAGACAGUCAAUUGGAAAGCUCUGCAGGUGUGCGCUUUAAUGUAACUGAUUCUAACACUCACAAGCCCAUUUCCCAACAACUUAUUUAUAGACAAAGGAUCAGUGAGGCUACCGCAGUUGAUGGAAGGGUUCUUAUUGUCAAGGCAACUGAUGGUGACCAAGGAUUGAAUGCUAAACUGACCUAUGCAAUUGAACAAUCUCUGCGAGACUUUAAAAUCAAUUCUAAAACUGGCGAGAUUACUGUGUUGCUCCCUUUAGAUCAUGAAACAACUUCACAGUACAGGUUUGAAGUGAGUGCAACUGAUCAUGGUAAUCCACCAUUUAAAGGAACUGCUAAUGUACAUAUAACAGUAACAGAUGUAAAUGACAACAAACCAAGAUUUUUACAGUCCAACUAUGAAAAAUCCAUUCUGGAAAAUGUACGGCCUGGAACACGAGUUUUGGAAGUCUCUGCAGUUGAUGAUGAUGAGGGUUCAAAUAAAGCCAUUAUCUACUCAUUUGCAAAAAAUGGUGAUGGAGGUGGUGCUUUUCAAAUUGACAGCAAUCAGGGAGUUAUCAGAACUUUGCUGUCACUUGAUCGUGAAACAAUUCCCGAAUAUGAACUGACUGUGGUUGCUGCUGACAAAGGCAGACCAUCAAUGAAAUCAACCGUGAAAGUCAAGAUAACAUUGGAAGAUGUUCGUGACAGUAAACCAAAAUUUGAAAAGGAUCCGUAUGUAGUGUUUCUUGAUGAAGAUGUGAGAAUGCGUUCCAAUGUGGUCACCGUUAAAGCAGUGUCCCAAGACCUUGUUCAAGGUGGUGAGAUUUUUUACAGCAUUGUGUCUGGCAAUGAUCCAUUAACAUUUGUCAUUCAGAGAAAUGGUGUGAUUAUGACCAAGAGAUUGUUAGAUUAUGAAACAAAACCUGAGUAUAUUCUAAAGGUGCGGGCAACAUCAUCGCCAUUCUUUGUUGAAACAAUUGUCAAUGUGACACUGAAAGAUGUAAAUGAUAACUCGCCUGUACUUCAGGAUUUCUUUGUUGUCAUAAAUGUUCGAGAUGAAAGCUCUACUACACCGCCAAAGUUUAAAAUACCUGCAUAUGACCCUGAUGUUUCUGACCGUCUUACAUAUGAAAUCAGUGAAAUAUCACAAGGAGAUUGGGACAUGUCUUUGAACAGAACGACAGGUUAUCUUGAGGUCAAUCCCAAAGUCUUAGUCAACACGUUAGUAAGGCCAGUCCAACUUAAGGUUAGAGUUUCUGAUGGAAGGAAUAGCCUUCCCGCCAAUGGUAAAAUUUUUGCAACAUUGGUGACACCUCAAAUGCUCAACAACAGCUUUACCCUGGAUGUCCAUGAUGUCACUAUCAAAGAAUUCUUUGAUAAAUCCUAUGAGGGUCUUGUGAGGGGAAUUGCUUCUGCUGUGAAUUGUGAGGACUACCAGGUCAGAUUGUUUAAUAUAGAAUCAAGGAUAAUCAAGGCAAAGUCACCACUUGAGGAUGAUAUUUCUAAUCUCAAGCUCUGGGUGGCUGUUUAUAAAAAUGAUCGCUUUAGCUUUUAUAGUCCUUUGUAUGUGAGAGACAUGGUGUACAUAAAUAUGGUACAGAUUUCCAAAAUGGCAAAAGUCACUCUCCUUCCUUUCAAAGAUGGCUUGUGUGUUGAUGAAAUAUGCAACUUCCCCCUACCAACAUCCAGAAAGAGCUGCUUGUCACACACUGACUAUACUGACAAAUCCAACACCUACAGCUCAUUAAAGGUGGUAUUCCGCUCAGUUGGAGUGCAAACUAAUUACAGAUGCCCCUGUGCUACUGACUAUCGAGGAGAAAGUUGUGACACAGGUUUAAACUUGUGCUACUCCAAUCCUUGUGGAAACAAUGGGAAGUGUGUGAGUGUAGAGGAAGGCUACUCUUGUAUAUGCAAUCCAGGAAGAACUGGUGUAAACUGUGAGAUUGACAUGUCAAAGAGCAAGUGUCCUACAGACUCAAAAGCGACAGAAAAUCAUCUAAAUGCAAAUCCAUGCCAUAGUGAUGGUGGUUGUAAAAAUGUUCUUGGAAGCGGGUUCACCUGUCAGUGCAAAGAUCCGAGUGAAGUUGAUGGGUCACUGUGCCAACUGACAACGCGCAGUUUUGAAAAAGGAUCAUUUGUUGCCUUUCCAGCAUUGAAACAAAGAUGGCGUUUACACAUACAGAUGGAGUUUACUACCACUGAGCACAGUGGGCUUUUGCUCUUCAAUGGACGGUAUGAUGGAAAACAUGACUUUAUUGCAGUGGAAGUGUGGCAAGGACAAGUUCGGUUCAGGUUUUCACUGUUUUCCCAUGAAGUCAUUGUUACAUCAAAUGUAAAUGGUGGUGUCAUUGACGGCAAUUGGCAUAAAGUAGAAGUGGCAUUUCAGAACAGGACUGGCAUUAUCAUUGUUGAUGACUGUAAACUUGCAGUGGCAGUGAAUUUUGGGACCAAAGCUGCCUCCUUCCCAUGUGCCGCAGCACAGCAACUUCAAAUUAAAGAUGAAUCUGAAAAUUACAGCUCCUUGGAUCUGACAGGCCCUCUUCUUCUCGGGGGGCUCGUGCAGCUACCAGUUAAAUUCCCAGUCCUCUACAAACAUUUUACUGGCUGCAUCAGGAAUGUUUACAUCGAUCACAAGUUCUUGGACCUCAGUCAGCCAUUGUACAACAACGGAACCAGUGCUAAAUGUAAAGCAAUGGGCAACACGUGCGCAUAUAAACCUUGCGAGCGAGGCACGUGUUUUAACAUACUUGGUUCUCGCCGGUGUGACUGUCCCACUGGGUUUGAUGGAAGUCGCUGUGAAACAGGUGUGAAAUACACUGCGAGAUUCUCAGGACAGAGUUUUAUGAGGGUGCCUGCCAACUCAAGGGUCAAUCUUCCGUGGAGUGUUUCAAUGAGAUUCCGCACAGCCAAGCCUUCAGGAACUCUGCUUGAAACCUCUUUUUCGUCAUCAUCUUCGGUGUUAGAGUUGGUUGAUGGUAAACUGUCGUACAACUACAAAGGGCUGUUAGUUCUCCAAUUGCCUCACAUAGCCGUGAAUGAUACCCAGUGGCAUCACAUCGAGAUCCUCUGGACAGAUUCUUCCCUUAACAUAACAAUGGACUACAUCUACAAAGUUUCUGCAGAUGCAUCCAGUGGAAAAGACCUUGGAGUUGCCAGACAGUUUUUCAUGGGAGCGAGGAAGAAUUCUACCAAGUCUGCAGUGUAUGGUGGAUUUAGAGGCUGUAUACAAGGGGUUUUUGUCGGAAGCACUGAGAUCAACAUGAACUCUGGAGUCAAUCACAAAACAACAUCUGUUUGUGAAGAGAAAAUGGGAAGCCACUGCUCAUCGAACCCUUGUCCAGACUACAGCACGUGCCAAGAGGAAUUCGACUCCUACAAAUGCAUAUGUCCCGUAGGUUACGUUGGUAAACACUGCCUGCGCGUAUGUUCUCUUAAGCCAUGCCGACAUGGCAAAUGUGAAAGUACAAACCAUGGAAAGGGAUUCCGAUGUGUUUGUCCUCAACAGUACACUGGGGAAUUUUGUGAAGUCCGCAUGGAGAUACCCUGUCGAGAUAAGUACUUUGGUGCUUCAAGUAUAGGCGUCUGUGGUCCGUGUAAAUGUGAAGUGGGGAUGAAUUUGAGUCCAGUUUGUAACAAGUCUACAGGAGAGUGCUAUUGUAAUGCAAAGCACUAUCGAAAGAUUGUAAGCUACACAUUCUCGGGUGCCCCUGUGUUUAGUGAUGGCUGUUUUAGAUGUGACUGUGAAGAGAUUGGUAGUACUGGUGAUCAGUGUGCUACAGAGAAUGGCCAGUGCCCUUGUCUUAAAGGCCGAAGGGGAGGGAAGAAUGUGGUCGGAAGGCGUUGUAAUCAGUGCGAAGACAAACAGGGUCAGAUUGUGAGCGGUAGAGGCUGUGUGGUUAUAAACACAUCAUGUCCAAGAGCAUUUGCUGAAGAAAUAUGGUGGAAAAAAGCCGCGUUUGGGACAACAGCAAAAGAAAAAUGCCCAUUCGGAUCAUCGGGAACAGCAACUCGGUUUUGUCACAAGGAUGAUGGCUGGCAGAAACCAAGUCUACUUAAUUGUGUAUCCAACUCAUUCUUUGUUUUGCAGCAGAAGCUAAAAAACUUGACGUCUGGUAACGUUGACUGGAAGCCAGAUUUCGCCCUUGGUAUAGGACAGCAGUUAGAUCUUGCCAUCACGUUAUCCCCUCAACUGUACGCCAGAGACAUAGAAAUCGCACUGACGAUUAUUACCACUCUGUUUGGAUACGAGAGUCAACAAAACUCCAGCACGCUUGUUUCAGCCAAGACCAAGGAGUUUGCGAAGGUCCUUCUUCAGUCAGCCAGUACGCUGUUUAGCUCCGAUAACAAAGAUGUGUGGGACGUCGUUCAACGGCACUCCGCAGGGACAGCGGCUUUGUUGAAACAGAUGGAAAACUUCAGCGGAAACUUAGCCAGAAGUCUACCGUACUUAAAACGAGACUCGCGCAGAUACAGACGCUCUACCGACAGCAUUUUGCCACCGUACACGAUUAUUACUCCCAAUAUUGUUAUGGAACUUCAUCCAGUGUAUGUCAAAGGAUUCUCUGGAUUAUCGUACCCCGCGAGAACAGACGUUUACAGCGACUCUCCUUAUAAAAUUUGGCGUAAUAUCUCCAAUAGAAUUUACCUUCCUAAACCUUUCUUUCGUGGAACAGACGUGGAAGACAACAUAGGAGUUGGCUUCAUGAUCAUCAGAAAUAUCGGCGAUUUAUUACCCAAGGCGUUUGACGCGAAGAUCCGUGACUCGAAGUACAACGUUGAAGUCAGCUCUGAUGUCAUCUCUGUCAAGUUACCUGAGAUGGAAAUGGCUCCCUUAACAUAUCCUGUCCGCAUUGCCUUUGCCAACAGACUUGUGAAUCGAUCGUCUUACAUUUGUGUGCACUGGAAUUAUUCAGUACCAGACACGCGUGGUGGUGGUUGGUCACGUUACGGGUGUAAAUCAGUGAAGACCAAUAGAACUCACACAGUGUGCUCUUGCACUCACCUAACGGCUUUUGCAGUCCUGUCAGACUUAAAUCUUCAGUAUCCCGAGCAAGCAGCCUUUGCCAUGCGUUUGGUGACCUACAUUGGUAUAUCGGUGUCCCUGGUUCUGUUACUGACAGCUUUUAUACUAUUCUUGUGUCUAAGAAAUCUGAAGAGCAAUUCGAUAACAAUUCAUAAGAACCUUAUUGUAGCGGUCUUCGUUGCGGAGCUGACGUUCCUCUUGGGAAUCAACAGAACGGCAGAUCAGAGAUUGUGUCAGUUGAUCGCCAUAGUGCUGCAUUAUUUCUUCAGCGCUUCUUUCUCGUGGAUGUUCGUCGAAGGUCUGCACAUGUAUCGCAGGCUCAGGGAAAAGAGGAAUAUAGACACUGGCAAAAUGUCCUUCUAUUUCUUUAUGGGGUGGGGAUGUCCCGCUAUUGUGGUCGGAGUUUCCGCUGGCUUAGCGAACGAGGGCUAUGGAAACCAGAGAUUCUGCUGGAUGUCAACAGAUGGAACACUUAUCUGGACGUUUACGAUUCCGAUCAUCAUCAUUGUCGCGCUCAACACACUCGUCUUUAUCAUGGCAUUGUUCACAUCACUUCAAAAACAAUCAAGAAAGAGACGUCGCCGGCAUCACCACCAUCACCAUGACGAGGAACAGUCUAACUUGACUGCCGGAUUACGAGCCACAGCCGGUCUUCUUCCCCUGAUAGGAGUAUCUUUCGCGUUCGCCAUUUUGAUGGUCAAUGAAGAUUUGGAAACCUUUCACUAUAUCUUUGCUGCCUUUACGUUCUGCCAGGGCCUGUUUAUAUUAGUGUUUUAUCUCCUAUUGGACAAGACGGUUCGGAAGGAGUUCAAGAAUGUGUACAUGCGCUGGAAGACUAAGGACAAGACAUACGGGAUACAGAAACCCACGCAGCAUUUUAAACGCUCCUAUCACUCAGGGGAGACGGCACCUCUCCGAUCCCCGUAUGAUUUUGACGACGAUGAAAACGCCACUAGCACAUCUACCACGAAGCCAUCCAGCAGCGGUUUCCGUAACAGUGUAACGAGUCGGUUCACCACAGACAACAGUAUCACCGAUACUAUAGGAGAUGAAGAUACCAGUGUACCAGACGGAAAAUCGCCAAAGGCCAAGUACCCUGAUAAUCCUGAACUCGAGCGAGCCCGGAAAAUAUGGGAACAGACCGAUAAGUCAGGUAUCCUUACUGUCUGCUACAUAAUUCUUAUGGUGUUCGUACGGAGAAUUUGUCACAAGAUCAACUUAUAUUCCCCUACCUGUCUAAAGAACUGUGGUGCUUUGUUGGUUGGAGAGUUUAAAAAGACCCCACAAAUGCCCUGAACCAAAGUACAGAUAUUACGCACCAUCGAACAUGACGACGAGGUUAAAGCGAAGAGAAGUGAUUCCGCGUCAUGGCGGAUUUAACGGCGCCAGACUAAACAGACGGUUUGUGUACGGAAGAUUUAAACCGCUCAGGGCCAUUCGCGAUACUGAAGAAAACAGCUUUUUUACAUGUGCAUGUUUUGCA